GUGUGGGCCCCAUUCCCUCAAAGUGUCGGCUGGGAGCGGCCCUGGUCCCAGCGCCGUGCCCUGCGCCCGUCCUGAGCUCGCCUGAGCUCUGGGCCUCCGCUGCUCUCGCCUCGCGGCCUGGAGGAGGUCCCCGCGCGCCGCCCUCAGCCUGCCUCGCAGCCAUGCAGGCGUGCGCUCUGCUCCUCGCCACGCUGGCCGCCCUGGCCCUGGCCCGGGAGCCGUGCCCCGCGCGCUGCGACGUGUCGCGCUGCCCGAGCCCGCGCUGUCCCGGUGGCUACGUGCCGGACCUCUGCAACUGCUGCCUGGUGUGCGCUGCCAGCGAGGGGGAGCCCUGCGGCCGCCCCCUGGACGCACCGUGCGGGGACAGCCUGGAGUGUGUGCGCGGCGUGUGCCGCUGCCGCUGGACGCACGCCGUGUGCGGCACCGACGGGCACACCUAUGCCGACGUGUGCGCUCUGCAGGCAGCCAGCCGCCGCGCGCUGCAGCUCUCGGGCACACCCGUGCGCCAGCUGCAGAAGGGCGCCUGCCCCUCGGGUCUCCACCAGCUGAGCAGCCCACGGUACAAGUUCAACUUCAUUGCUGACGUGGUGGAGAAGAUCGCUCCAGCCGUGGUCCACAUAGAGCUGUUCCUGAGACACCCUCUGUUUGGCCGCAACGUGCCGCUGUCCAGUGGCUCGGGCUUCAUCAUGUCGGAGGCCGGCCUGAUCGUCACCAACGCCCACGUGGUCUCCAGCUCUAGCUCCACCACAGGCAGGCAGCAGCUCAAGGUGCAGCUGCAGAACGGGGAUGCCUAUGAGGCCACCAUCAAGGACAUUGACAAGAAGUCCGACAUUGCUACUAUCAAGAUCCACCCCAAGAAAAAGCUCCCCGUGUUGCUGCUGGGUCACUCAGCAGACCUGCGGCCUGGCGAGUUUGUGGUGGCCAUUGGCAGUCCCUUCGCCCUGCAGAACACCGUGACAACAGGCAUCGUCAGCACUGCCCAGCGGGAUGGCAAGGAGCUGGGCCUUCGCGAUUCAGACAUGGACUACAUCCAGACCGAUGCCAUCAUCAACUAUGGGAACUCUGGGGGACCCCUGGUGAACCUGGACGGGGAGGUCAUUGGCAUCAACACGCUCAAGGUCACUGCAGGCAUCUCCUUUGCCAUCCCCUCGGACCGCAUCAUGCGUUUCCUCUCCGAGUUCCAAGAUAAGCACAGCAAAGACUGGAAGAAGCGCUUCAUAGGCCUUCGGAUGCGGACCAUCACACCAAGUUUGGUGGAUGAGCUGAAAGCCGCCAACCCAGACUUUCCAGCCGUCAGCAGUGGAAUUUAUGUGCAAGAGGUUGUUCCAAACUCACCUUCUCAGAGAGGCGGCAUCCAAGAUGGCGACAUCAUCGUUAAGGUCAACGGGCGGCCCCUGGCGGACUCAAGCGAGCUGCAAGAAGCGGUCCUAAAUGAGUCUCCUCUCCUGCUGGAGGUUCGGAGGGGGAAUGACGACCUCCUCUUCAGCAUCGCACCCGAGGUGGUCAUGUGAAGCAGCUGCCUCCCUCCUGCGCCAAGAGCCAGAACCUGCAGAAAGGGGGUUGCAGCCUCCUCAAGAUCAGGACGAAGGACCACGUGUUCCUCAGUAGGACCAGCAAACUCCUCCUAGAGUUCAAGGGGAGAGCCAGUGACUGGGCCUGGUGAUCUGGGUCUCAGGUCUCAGCCUUGACCCUUAUCCAGGUCUAGAGGCGGGGACAGCUCGGGUCCCCUGGACCAGGUGCUCCUAAUGCCACCCUCCACAUUCUCUGGACCUGAGAACUUCCCUGAAAGUCCACCUCCCCCCAGCUUCUUGCUCCUAUAUCUGGCCAUACCUCCUUCUGAAAGGCCCACCUGCUCCCUCCCCACCCACACAGCUUUCCUCCUUCAAGUCUCCUCCCCCACAAAUGCCCGCUUCGUGCCCCAGUUUCUGUCUGCUGCAGCAUGUAAAGACAGGGGCUGUCUGCCCUGCCCCUGGCAUUCUUGGCGAGCAGGCCUUGCAGCUGAGACCUGGAAGAACUAGGGUGUAAGGGGCCUGGCCUGCAGUCGGUGCUGUGAUGUCCCCAGUGCUGAGCUGAGCCGGCACUGACCCUGAAGUGCGCUGGCCCAAAUAGACAGGAAGCAGGGCAGGAGCCAGGUCCCAGGUGCAGAGCCUGUGCCCCACCACGUGCUCCCAAAGGGUGGCAGAAGAGGGAGCUAGCUGAUUCCUGAUGGAGGUGCAAGGACUGAGCCACUUCACCUCCCACACAGCCCUGGGGCUGGACCAAGAAGCCAGCAGGAUCCCAUAGGCAGCUCCCUCACAGUUUUCAAGAUGUGUUUGUGAGCUUAUGCUGUAAAAUUGCCCUGUGUUGCUUGUACUGUGUUUCUCUACUGUACAAAAUUAAAGUUUACAAGCACGUGA